AUGGGUCGUCGAUAUCUGGGAGGCAGUGGAGAUACUCUCACCGUUUGGAUCUCAAUUGCUGCAAGCACAGUCCUCAUCUUCUACGGCUACGAUCAAGGCGUCUUCGGCAAUGUCAUCAUAUCCGAGAAUUUCCUCGAAACCUUUGGACACCCUUCGGCAGAUACUCAAGCUACAAUGACCAGUAUCUAUAAUAUCGGGUGUUUCGUCGGAGCCAUGUCCACCAUCUUCACCGGAGACUGGUUGGGUCGACCAAAACAGAUUCUGGUGGGGAGUACGGUGAUUGCUGUGGGAGCUGUGAUUCAGACUGCGAGUUAUGGUGUGCCUCAGAUGAUGGUAGGGAGAGUUGUGGCGGGCUUGGGAACGGGGAUGAAUACUGCUACGGCUGGCGUUUGGCAAUCGGAGACUAGUAAGAUGAGGUCGAGGGGCAAGCUGGUAAUCAUCCAAAUGGCCAACUGCAUUACUGGCUUCAGCAUCUCGAACUGGUUGACACUGGGCUUCUCCUUCGCUCCACGAGACGUGGCGUGGAGGUUUCCUCUCGCAUUCCAAAUCUUCUUCACGCUCUGUAUCUGGGCCAUGUGUCCAUUCCUGCCAGACAGUCCGAGACUGCUGAUCCGCAAGGGUCAGUACGAGGAAGCCAAAGAAGUUCUUGCGGCUUUGCAAGGCCAUGGAGCUACGCCAGAGAGCCCAGAUGUGCGAGCGCAAUUCGAUGUGAUCAAGGAUAUUCUGGACCGCGAGCAAAUGCAGUCGUACACCUGGUGGCAGCUUGUGAGUGGUCGUGGACCGGCUGGAGUGCUGAGGAGAAUGAUUCUCGGGGCUUGGAUGCAGGCUAUGAACCAGAUUUCUGGAAUCAACGUGACGAGCUACUACAUGAGCUACAUUUUCAUCAACGCUCUGGGUAUCUCUGAGCUUCUGGCGAGAAUUUUGGCAGCUUGCGGCUCAGUCGAUUACCUGAUCUUUGCUUGUCUUGCAUACUUCGUCAUCGAGCGAUACGGUCGGCGCAAAGUGAUGAUGUGCAGUGCUUUGGCGUGCUCGAUCUGCUGGAUUGUCAUUGCGAUUGCUACAGGCUUGACUGAGAAGGGCGGAGACAGCUAUGUCUUGGGCUCAGUGGCAGUAGCGUUCUUCUUCGUCUUCUUUGCGUCGUUCGGUAUGGGAGUACUAGGCGUGCCCUGGCUAUAUCCAACAGAGAUCAAUGCCCUCGAGAUGCGAACGAAAGGCGCAAGUCUCGCGAUGGCCACGAACUGGAUAUGCAACUACGCCGUUGUCCAAGCCACGCUUCCUGGGAUAGCGAAUCUUGGCUACAAAUUCUGGAUAGUUUGGGCAGUAAUUUGCUUCGCUUUCAUCCCCAUCACGUACCUGUUCUAUCCAGAGACCGCCAAUAGGACGCUAGAAGACAUUGAUCGUUUCUUCGAGACCAAGCCUGGCAUUAUUGUCUGUAAUAACACCCUCGCGACUCAACUGGCCAGGCCGCAAGUAUACAUAGAGCAGGAUGACCGCAUUGCACAGGCUGCUGAGACUGUUGAUUGGCACCGUACAGAAGAAAAGGCGGAAGGCAAUGUGGUCAUCGAGCGCCUGGAUUGA